AUGAGUCUCUCUACGGAUGAAAACCCUCUCACGGCACCGUUGCCGCCUGUACAGGCGACACCUGCUGCCGACAGGGCCGCGGCACGAUUUGCCGUCGAAGGCAAUGCCGUCCUCACUGGAGGCGCUGGUACCUUGGCUUUAGUGUCUGCCAGAGCACUCCUUGAACACGGUCUGUCAGCAGUCACUCUCAUGGACUUGCAGUCGACCAUCGAUUCAUCCACCGACGCCAUUUCUGAGCUCAGACAGGAGUUUCCUCAACCCCGCAUAUCGACGGUCGCUGUCGACGUGACUGCAGAGCCAGACGUACACAAGGCUUUCAAGGACGCUCGGGACUUGAUGGGCAGCAUCGAUAUCCUGUGUUGUUUCGCCGGUAUUGUGGGUUGUGUGCCCUCGAUAUCCGCCACUGCGAGUCAGUUCCGCAAAGUCGUGGACGUCAACUUGACGGGAUCGUUCUUGUGCGCCCAAGCUGCCGCGAAAUACAUGAUAGAGUCCAAGACUGGUGGAUCGAUAUUGUUCACGGCCUCGAUCUCCGCUCACGCGACAAACUACCCCCAGCCUCAAGCGGCGUACAAUGUCAGCAAGGCGGGCGUGGCACACCUGACGCAGAACUUGGCGGCUGAGUGGGCUGUGCAUGGCAUCCGAGUCAACUGCAUGUCGCCGGGAUACAUGGACACGGUGCUCAAUGCUGGUGACAAUUUGAAGCCCAUCAGGGAUAUUUGGGCUGGUCGAUGCCCAAUGGGCAGGAUGGGAGAUGUGGAGGAAAUCACAGGCCCUGUUGUUCUUUUGAGUAGCAGGAGAGCCGGAAGAUAUAUAACGGGCGCAGAUCUUCGCGUCGACGGCGGUGCGCUGUGCUUUUGA